AUGGAAGCGGGUGACGUUGGAACCCGACAGAGCAGUGGUCUUUCUUCUACUCCUACGCGACUUGAGCAUCAACUUGCAACAUCUCCCCAUUCUCACCAACAACACCGAGAAGCCGUCGACCGACGGUAUCUGGACCAGCCUGUCAUGGCAGCAGCCUCAGUUCUCGCCCCUAGCGCCCAUUACCCGCCUCAGCCAUAUCCUUCCAACUACUCUCACCCACCUUCAUCCGGGCCAAGCGUCGCCAACAUGAUCUCCUCGGAGCCUCGACGACCCUCUCCCGACAAUGAGUCCUCGACUCGCCAGUCACUACCAUCAAUUUCAGAAGUCAUUUCUGGUGCACGGCCUGGACAGUACCCCCCGCCUGCGCAUACUCUGCAGCCUGGCUCAAGCCUGCCCUCACCAUUUGCUCCGUCUGCUCGACAGUACCCCGAAGCCGACAAGCACUCAUCUCAGCCUCUGCACUCUGUUGCCUUUCCUCCUCGACAGGAAAGCCACAGUGCAUACUCAGAUUCACCGAGACCGCCCUUUAACACUGGCAGACCCGGUCUUCCCCCCGUGUCUGAUCGCCGGCCUACUCCCCCGACGAAGCAUGAUGGCCACCCCCUUCCUCAUCACCUAGCCGAGCCGCCAAAGCCAUCUGAUCACCGCUCACUGAAUGGAGUGUAUUCCCAACCCCCGCCGCCGCCGACUUCCGUCCCGUAUCAGCCGGCACAGCUUCCACCUGGGCAACAGCCGCUCCCUCCUUACCAGGUUUCACCCCGAGGCCAUGCGGCUUCGCAUCUGCCUGGGCAAUACGAUUCUCGGCCGGCGCCUACACAUGCUGAAGAGGCCGAGUAUGCUGCUAGGGCUCGGUACGAUAACGGCACCUCGCGAUCGUUUGAGAGCUGGAGUUACCAGGAAGCUCUGAGCCGAAUUGGAACCUGCUCGCGAACCAUUUUCAAUUUCGCAGAGGCCUACGGCCGAAUUGCCCAAGAGCAGCACGGAUCUCAACCAAUUCCCGAGCGCCUCCCGACUGAGCGGGAAGUGAGCGACAUGCUCUCCAACGUCGAGUACCUCAAGCGUUCUCUCGAGCAAUGCAGAGAGGUAAUUGUAGCCUCUCUACAGAGCGAGAGGGCUCGCGAAGGUGCCAAACCACCAAAGGGCCCUUACGAGGAAGACCAAGAUGUCCCCAUGUAUGGGGACUCGAUCAAGCCACCAUAUGGCAUGACAGAAGUCAAAAAGCGACGAGGCCGCGCUGCCCCUCCUGGACGAUGCCACAGCUGCAAUCGUAUCGACACUCCGGAAUGGAGACGGGGUCCUGAUGGUGCCAGGACUUUAUGCAAUGCCUGUGGUCUCCAUUACGCCAAGCUGGAGCGCAAACGCCAGCUGGAAGCAAGAUCACUACGUCCCAAGCCCGAGGAGCGAAGUUAG